CCGGAAGCUUGUUAUAACAUUUUGUUAACAUAUAAAAAAUAUCAACAUGACAGCGUAUGGUCGAGGUUCCUUUGGUGGGGUAGGAUUUACCCCCAACCAAUCUGUUAUUAAGGAAGUUACCGAAGGAGAAUCUGAUUUUGACACAAUAUCAAAAACGAUUGCACAUAGUAUACAGAAAAUUACACACAAUGUAUCUCAGAUCCAGAAGUUAAUCAGUCGUAUUGGAACCAAGAAGGAUUCACAGGAGACCAGAGAUAAAGUGCAUCGGUUAACUCACUAUACCAAUCAACUGGCAAAAGAAACUACUGCAAAUCUGAAAAGAUUUUCUCGGUUAAAGGUACCCCCUUUAGACGAGUUAAAACUUAAAAUUCAGAGUGGUAGGUAUGCAGAAAAAUUCAGUAAUGCAGUUAAAAGUUUCCAAGCUUCACAGAGAACUGCUGCACGAAAGGAAAGAGCCAGUAUAGCAAGAGCAAGAGCACAUUCAUCAUCAUUUAAGGUCUCAAUACAGUCUCCCUUUGAAGAUGUACCUAAAGAUAAAGUCCCGUCUAUUAAACGACAGAAGCUAUCAAAGAUGGAAAAAAAUGUUGAUUUGGAAACUAUUCUGGAAAGAGAGAAUGCAAUAAAAGAAUUAGAGUAUGACAUCACAGAAAUAAAGGAGAUCUUCAAGGAGCUUGGUGCGAUGGUACAUGAACAAGGGGAAGUUAUAAAUACGAUAGAUGACAAUGUAUUCACAGCAGUUAUACAUAUACAAGAAGCUAAACAAGACCUAGCACGAGCUGUGUCCAUUCAGAAAAAAGUGAGAAGUAAAAAAUGCCUAUGUCUGGUUGUUCUGAUUGUUGGAGUAGUGAUUAUUAUUGCAAUACUAUUACCGGUACUUUAUCUAUAAACAAUUGAUAAGAGGGACAUUACAGAGUCAUGUGGUAUAGCAACACUUCUCCAUUGGUCACAAUAAGCUGGAAUUUCUGAAGAAGACCCUGGCAGACUAUGUCCUUUAUAUAUACCAGACAGAACUGAAUAGACAUUAUGAUUAACUAAGCAUUUAACUUCAUGAAACGUGUCUCUCUUUCAUACCAGUGAUAUAUAUUGCUGUUUGAAACAAUGAUGAAGCUUCUUUUUUGUUUCAAAUAUAAAAAAAAUUACAUUAUAUAUG